AUGAUGGGGGUAUAUCUAGCUCGUCGAUCUGUUGAUAGCGAUGAGUCUGUGGCGCUGUCUUCCAUAAAAGGGGAGAGGUCCGGUGCUCGGACAGUCCGAGAUACCGCAAGGCCCCACUAUUUCGGUCCUCCGCUCCGUCCGGCCUUCAAGUUCAUGUGUAUCAUGGCGGAAUUACAGGGCCGGGCGCGGGACAACAACGACUUGUCGGAUGAGCCUGAGUACGAAGAAGAGAUUCACGAUCUGGCAAGAAGAUUCACCAGUCAAUCUGCUGCUUCUGGUCAUGGUCCAUUAUUCCCCUUGAGCGAUGGUGGUCCUCUUGAUCCGCAGAGCCCCCAUUUCAACUCCAAGAAAUGGGCCAAGGCCUAUCUCAAGACCCGAACCGAAGCUGCUGAUGGCAGUACCCCUCGCACCGCCGGUAUCGCGUUCAAGAACCUUAACGCGUACGGGUUUGGCCAGGCGACCGACUUCCAAAACACUCUGACGAACAUCGUUCUCAAAGCUUCGAGUUUUUCCAGGAAGAUAUUUGGGGACAAGGGUCAGCGCAUUGAUAUCCUCCGUAAUAUCGACGGGUACGUCGAGGCUGGAGAGAUGUUAUGUGUUCUCGGUCCUCCAGGCUCUGGUUGCUCGACCCUGCUUCGCAGUGUCGCAGGGGAAACCCACGGCUUCCAUUUUGGCAACGAUACAGUCUUGAACUACCAGGGAAUCCGCCCUGAGCAGAUGAAGAAGGCCUACCGAGGUGAAGCUAUCUACACGGCCGAAGUUGAUCACCAUUUCCCGCAUCUUACCGUCGGCGAUACCCUUUACUUCGCCGCUCGAUGCCGAUGUCCUCCAGAUGGCAAGCUUCCUCCUGGCGUCACUGCUCGACAGUAUGCUGAGCAUCUCCGCGAUGUUAUUAUGGCUAUGUUUGGUAUUUCACAUACCAAGAAUACGCGAGUCGGUGAUGACUACGUCCGUGGUGUAAGUGGCGGCGAACGCAAGAGAGUCACAAUCGCCGAGGCUGCGCUGGGAUACUCCCCUCUUCAGUGCUGGGACAACAGUACACGUGGUCUUGAUAGCGCCAACGCCGUUGAGUUCUGCCGCGUCUUACGUACUCAAGCUGAUACUCUUGGUAUUGCCUCUUGCGUCGCAAUCUACCAAGCGCCUCAAAGUGCCUAUGAUUUGUUCGACAAGGUCAUCGUCCUGUACGAGGGCCGCCAGAUCUUCUUCGGAAAGGCAAGCGAGGCCCAAGCCUACUUUGAGAAUCUCGGUUUCAUCUGCCCCGAGCAGCAAACGACGGCCGAUUUCCUCACAUCGAUGACGAACCCCGCUGAGAGAAUAAUUCGCCCCGGCGCGAACCCGCCACGAACCUCGGACGAGUUCGCCCGAGCCUGGCAACAAAGCCAGCAACGGCUCGACCAGGCCGCUGCCCAGCGGGAGAGAUCGCCCUUUAACCUCUCCUAUGCACAGCAGUAUACCAUCAACCUCUGGCGAGGCUUCACUAUGUUGAUCGGAGAUCCUAGCAUCACCCUCACCAUGCUUACCAGCAACCUGUUUGAGGGCUUAAUUAUUUCCAGCAUUUUCUACAACCUGCCUUUCAACACCACGAGCUUCUUCCGUCGAACCAUUUUGCUAUUUUUCAUCGUCCUCAUCAACGCGUUCUCGAGUAUCCUCGAGAUCAUGACUCUGUAUGCCAAGCGCAAGGUCGUUGAAAAGCAGUCUCGGUAUGCUUUUUACCAUCCGAGUGCCGAGGCCUUGUCGGCGAUGGCCACCGAUCUCCCGUACAAGAUCAUCAACUCCAUCUUACUCAACUGCACGCUGUACUUCAUGUGCAAUUUGCGUCGUGAACCAGGCCCAUUCUUUGCCUUCCUUCUUUUCUCAUUCUCAAUCACUCUCUGUAUGUCGAUGAUGUUCCGGUUCAUCGGCUCCGCAACAAAGUCUAUUUCGCAGGCUUUGGCGCCCGCUUGUAUUAUCCUGUUGGCCUUGGUCUUGUACUCGGGAUUCGCGAUUCCUCCCGCCUACAUGCAGAACUGGCUUGGCUGGAUCCGAUGGCUGAACCCUGUUUAUUACGGCCUUGAGAGCGUGUAUUUGAUCGAAUUUGUCGGUCAACAGUUCCCUUGUUCAGACUUUGUCCCGCAUGGCCCUGGAUACGAGAACUUGGGCAACGGCGAAUACGUCUGCAACGUGCCCGGAUCUGUACCUGGCCAAUCAUUCGUUAAGGGUGAGGAUUACUUGCAGGCCUCAUUUGGCUUCGCCAACAGCCACCGAUGGAGGAAUUUCGGUAUCAUCAUCGCUUGGACUGUGUUCUUCAUGGCACUUCAUCUUUGGACUACCGAGUACGUGGCUUCGGAGCGCUCCAAAGGCGAAGUCUUGGUCUUUCUCCGGGAGGCUAUGCACAAGGUCUCCGGUAAGCGGGUCAACGAUGAAGAGUCUGGCGUUCCUACACCAGCAGGAAAGCAAGAGGCUUCUGGUUCUUCGAGUGAGAAGGUUGAGGUUGAGAAGCAAACAUCUGUCUUUCAUUGGAAGGAUGUCUGCUAUGAUGUCAAGAUCAAGAGCGAGACACGCAGGAUUUUGGAUCAUGUCGACGGUUGGGUCAAGCCUGGAACCUUGACAGCUCUUAUGGGUGUCUCGGGUGCUGGUAAAACCACCCUUCUUGACGUUCUCGCCAGCCGAGUGACAAUGGGUGUUGUUUCCGGCGACAUGCUAGUAAAUGGCCACUCUCGCGACUCUUCCUUCCAGAGGAAGACAGGCUAUGUGACCCAGCAGGAUCUGCACCAGGCCAGCUCGACGGUAAGGGAAGCUCUGCGAUUCAGUGCCAUGCUUCGACAGCCAGCCAAGUAUUCGAAGCAAGAACGGCUUGACUACGUCGAGACUGUUCUUUCUCUCCUUGGAAUGGAUACCUAUGCCGAUGCGAUUAUUGGUGUCCCAGGCGAAGGCCUCAAUGUCGAACAACGCAAGAGACUUACGAUCGCCGUUGAGCUUGUCGCCCGUCCGCAGCUCCUACUCUUCCUCGAUGAGCCGACUUCUGGACUGGACAGCCAGACUUCCUGGUCUAUCUGCGACUUGAUGGAGCAAUUGACCAAGAGCGGUCAAGCAGUAUUGUGUACCAUCCAUCAGCCCUCUGCUAUGCUUUUCCAGCGGUUUGACCGGCUCCUUCUGCUUGCGAAGGGAGGAAAGACCGUCUAUUUCGGCGAGAUUGGUCAGAAUUCGCACAUCUUGAUGGACUACUUCACUCGCAACGGAGGCCCGCCUCUGCCACCAAAGGCUAAUCCAGCAGAACAUAUGCUCGAGGUCAUCGGAGCUGCUCCAGGUACUCACACUGAUGUCGACUGGCCCGCUGCAUGGAGGCAGUCUCCCGAAUACAGGGCAGUACAGGAGGAGCUUGAGUCACUGAAGGCGUCGCAUCCGUCGCCGACACCCGCGCCAGGCGGCGUUGACUCUUCCGAGUAUAACGAGUUCGCUUCUUCUCUAUCGACACAGUUGUGGGAGGUUACCAAGCGCCUGUUUCAGCAGUACUGGAGAAGCCCUGGUUACAUGUACUCCAAAGCCAUGCUCACCGUCGGUGCAGCCUUGUUCAUCGGACUUUCUGUCAUGAACGGCGACAAUACAGUCCGCGGUCUUCAGAAUCAGAUGUUUGGCGUAUUCAUCUUCUUGACCAUCUUUUCGCAGGUCGCUGAACAAUUGAUCCCAGCCUUCGUGGAGCAGAGGACUCUUUACGAGGCUCGAGAGCGUCCCGCAAAGACAUACUCUUGGCAGUCAUUCAUGUUUGCCAAUCUGACUGUCGAGAUCGUCUGGAACUCGUUUAUCGGUGUCUUCGCUUUCAUCUGCUGGUAUUUUCCCAUCGGCCUCUACCGCAACGCAGAGUACACCAACGAGGUACAUUCACGGGGCAUCACCAUAUUCUUGCACGUCUGGAUGUUCUUCCUCCUCGCUUCUUCCUUCGCCCACAUGAUCAUUGCCGGACUUCCCAACGCCGAUACUGCAGGUGGUGUUAUGAACCUCAUUUUCAUCAUGAUGUUCGCAUUUUGCGGUGUCCUCGCUGGCCCCGAUGCCCUUCCCGGCUUCUGGAUCUUCAUGUACCGCGUCAAUCCGUUUACAUACGUCGUCGAAGGCUUCCUCGGCACUACUCUUGCCAACGCGCCCGUGACCUGUGCCGACAACGAAAUCCUGGAGUUCAAGCCUGCGAACGGUACAUGUGAGGAGUUUCUGUCGGAUUAUAUGUCCAAUAUGGGUGGAUAUCUUGUUGGUGAGAGUGCAGGCAGCACCACUCAAUGUCAAUACUGCCCUAUGGCGGACACCAAUGCCUUCUUGAAGACGAUCAAUGUCAGCUUUGACAAUCGCUGGAGAAACUUUGGGCUACUUUGGGUUUACGUUGUCUUCAACUGUGCGGCUGCAGUUGCUAUCUACUGGUUGGCUCGCGUCCCUAGGAAGAGUAAGGACAAAAAGGAGUAG